UCAGGCAACAAGGGAAGCUACUGUGAUCAAUUCGUAGGAGGGGGAGAUUACCAAAGCAGGAACUACUGUGAAAUGAGUACUACAAGUACAAGCAGUGAAGAUGACUUCAAGGCUGCUAUCGUCCUGGACAAUGGUUCUCACAGAAUCAGAGCUGGCUUUGCCGGAGAUGAUGCACCUCGCUGUUUUAUACGAACUGUUCUUUGCCAUUCAUGUGAUAGUAGUGAUACUGAAAAUGCAGACCGGGAGGACUUUUACGUCGGAGACCAUGCUAUGAUAAAACGUGAAAUAUUAUCUCUAAAAUGCCCAAUAGAAUACGGUAUUGUCAGUAACUGGGAUGACAUGGAAAAGAUAUGGGACUACGUGUUUCAACAAGAAUUGAGAGUCCCAUCUGAUUACCAACCAAUUCUUGUGACAGAACCUCCUCUGAAUCCAAAAGCAAACAGAGAAAUGAUGGCUCAAGUUAUGUUUGAGACAUUUAAUGUGCCACAUAUGCAUGUGAGUGCACCUGCAGUUCUGGCCUUCUAUGCAAAUGGAAGAAAUUCAGGUAUUGUUCUGGACAUUGGUGAGACUGUGACACAUGUAAUGGCGUCAUACGAGAGCACUUUCUUCCCUAAUGCAACAAAGCGGGUAGAUAUAGGUGGAAAAGAUUUGACUGAACACUUACAAAAAAUGCUAAUGGAAAAGGGACACAGUUUUACUACGCCUUCUGAGUUACAAGAUAUAGGAAAUAUGAAAGAAAGAAUGUGCUAUGUACGACAUUCAAAGAAUUCUGAUCUUCUGACAAACAAUUUCCUUACUUCAUGUCCUGAGAAACAAUUUACGUUACCUGACGGUAAAAGUAUUACUGUGACCAACGAACAGUUCAUGUGUCCAGAAGCUCUUUUCAGUCCUUCGUUGAUGGGCAGUGAAUUUGAAGGUAUCCAUACAUUGGUGCAUGAAUCGUUGAUGUGUUGUGCCGUGGACACAAGACCUGAUAUGUUAGUAAAUGUUUUGUUAUCAGGGGGAUCAACUAUGUUUCAAGGAUUAAAUGACCGCAUGCUUCAAGAAUUAAAAGUUUUGAUUUCACCGAAAAUGAAGUUGAAAGUCAUAGCUCCUCCUGAACGGAAAGCAUCUGUGUGGAUAGGUGGUUCUAUCCUUGCAUCACUCUCCUUCUUUCAAAAUCAUUUUAUAAGCAAAUCGCAGUAUGAAGAGCAUGGACCUUAUGUCAUGCACAGGUGUGUCUGAGGUUAUGUAUAGCUAUGUAUAAUGUAUAUUAUAUCCAUAGCUUAAUACAGUCCUAUUCAACUCAGCUGAAACUGUUAAAUCAAGCUAAAACAGGCAGGGCACACUCUGGAUUCCUCAAUGGUCAGCUUGGCUGUAAUAAAGAUAGCUCCCUGAUAUUAAACUGAUGCCCCAUUUCCAUUUGUAGUGAAGAAAGUGUUUUGGAGCCUGCAUCAGCAGUCAGAAUUUGCUCUUACUACUUAAUUAGGUUAGGUCUAAGCUCAAAAGAGCAGGAACACCAGGAGGCUGUUACUGUUAAGUGCACGCAUGCAGUUGAACAGAUGGGUAGGUCAUUGGUUGGUUUAGAAUGUGAACAGGAAAUAACUAACCAGGCCAACGUAAUUCAUGACCAAAAUUCAUUUUAAAAAUUGUGCAGAUGGCAAAUAAAAAAAAAUUGGCAGAAAUUGUGAAAAUAAAUUCACGAACUUCUGCGAGAACUUAUGGACAGGCUACUGUCCUUGAAUGUGCACUAGACUUUGAAUAACUAUGACUCUGCCCAGCUUACACAUUGUAUGUUUAAAGAUUUGAUGGGAUAUCGUGUAUGUAUGUCCAUCACUGACAAUACAUUGCCAAUGCAUGAUGUAUCAUAAUGUAGGCCUAUGCUUGUGUUCUAAUUCAGACAAUGCUACAUGGUGUUGCAAAUUUAAAACUUAAAGGGGAGUUCAUACGUUCUUCCCACUUAUAGAGCACGAUGAAUUCAUCCUCAAAUACUUUUUUCAUUCAAAUUUGAUUUCUUGUGUCACAUCAUUAGCUCUGAUGUAAUCUUUUCAUCCCUGAAUGUAAAAAAACUAAACAUUUCUGACAUGCUCAAUUUUA